AUGGCGUCUACCUGGCGAAAACACGGGCUGCCACCUCGCGCCAGAACCGCUUUGUGGCCCGCAGCGAUAGGCAAUCCUCUGAGGAUCACUAGGAGCUUAUAUGAUAUGCUUACGAGGAAGGCGAAAGUAGCAGAAGAAAAAUGGUCUGCUGCUGUCAGCACCAUGGCUCUCGUUCAAGACGGAUCGCCCAGUGGAAGGCUAGAGCCGGACUCGUUCAUGGCGCAGCUCCGGGCGAUUGACUUGGAUUUGCCCAGAACAUUACCUGAUCUUGCUGUGAUGAGCGUCCCUGACGGUCCCCUGCGGCAGGAGUGUCGUCUCGUGCUCUCGGCGUUUGCUAUGUACAGACCAGACAUCGGCUACGUUCAAGGUAUGUCGUUCCUGGCGGCGAUGCUUCUCCUUUACAUGGACCCUUUCGGUGCAUUCGUGUGCCUCGCAUCUCUCCUAUUGAGCUCGCCGACACUCCUGGGCUUAUACCAGCUCAACGUCGAAACCAACACUCGACGGUUCCGGAUCUUCAUGAGGCUCCUUGAAGCUCACAAUCCAUCAGUUCAACGGCAUCUCACAGAUAUUGGAAUAACGCCAGACCAGUUCCUCCCCAUGUGGUUCCUCACUCUAUAUUCCAGGCCGUUGACUACCGAGUCGGCAGCCCUAGUAUGGGACCUCUAUCUACUGGAUAAAGAACCCGUGCUGUAUGUUGCUGGGAUAGCUAUUUUGGACAUCUUGGCCGACCGCUUACGGGAUCGUGAUUUCGACGAGUGUCUCAUGCUUCUGCUGAGAGAUACUCGGGAUAUUAUUGGUAGCGACAGAGAGCUCUUCUUGGAUGCCAUGAACUCCGUUAUUAUCCCCGAUGCAGUUUAUUCGGAAAUCACCGAUCUGGAGGCCGAAUUCGUUCCACCACCGAUCAUGCCCGUCCAUCGCUUUCUCACAUGAGCUACGUCAUCAACCAUCCCCGCU